AUGGAAUGUGUUAAUAAAUCACUGCAUAUUGUUACGCAGAGCGGAGAAUUCCCGGUGGUUGGUAAGGAGGUGGAAACUGUGAACAAUUCCGGUGGCAGUGAAUCUUCAAUUGUCACAGGAUGUGACCCGAAAGAGUUCAAACGGGUUGUUUCACGAAUUUCCAAUGAGAGAAUUAUUCUUAUUAUUGAAAUGGGUUUUGGACCGGUUCACAACUUCCGAUGCGGUAAGCUGAACCUAUCACUAUGCGAAAUGCUGUUGAAUAAUUUUGAUGUGAAGAACCAGACGAUUGAGAUACAUGGACGGCACAUGUCUAUUACUGAAAAAGACUUUGAUCGUUUUUUGGGGCUGAGGUGCCGCGGCACGGAAGUUGACAUUGAACACGUAAGUGGUGGUCGUGAUGCCGUGGAUUUGAAAGAGCGUUUGUGUGGGGAUGAAACAAAUAUUAAUUUGAAGACUUUGAAGAAGAUGGUAGUUUUCACAGAAGACGAUGAAUUGUUUAUGGUGAGUUUUGUGUUGUUUGCUCUGUCAACUAUGUUCUGCCCUUCUACACCUGGCUAUGUUGAUCCAAGGUUUUUGAUACCGUUGAGGAACCCUCGUGCCAUAAGGUCCUAUAAUUGGGGUCGGUUUGCCUAUACGAAGUUGGCUGAGGGAGUUACUUUGUAUCAGAGUGGAAAUCACAGUCCUACUAUGGGGUGCCUAGUUUUCCUGCAGGUUUUCUACCUUAGUGUGUUGGGGGAGGGGAUGCUUAUUGUUUCGAGAGAUGCAAAUUUCGGAGAAAGCGUGUAUUCCGAUUCGCGAGACAAGAGCACCGGAUUGAAAACCAACUUGUUUGAUGACAUUGGUGAUUUGAAGAAGGAGCUGGCUGCUGUUGAAGAUGAAAUUGGUUCUCUGGAAUCAACUUUUUAUAGCUUGGGUCCGGAUAUUGCAAACCUGAGAAGGGUAGUGACAGCUUUACACAAGGUGAUUGUUACGCGGGAACCUGAAUCCCCGAGUUUUCCUGUUAGUCUUGUGAAGGAAGUGCACCAUGUUAGCGCGAUGGAGCCGCAAGGCAUUAACCAGUUGGACAGGAAAGAAUGUCCUCCGAAGGAUUUGACGAGGUGUGUGUACCGUAAUGAGCCAUCUGAGAAAACAACCGAAGAAGUAAUGGCGCAAAUGAGGGCAGGGAAUGACAUCAGUUUGCAUAAGAAACCGAUGAGGAUGAUGCUUGGCAACAUAGCCAAUAUAUCCCGUAGAGAAGAAAAAUUGCUGAAUUAUUUAUUCUGCAAUAAAGGAGUUGUUGAGGAUAUCGUUGGAAGCGACGAAGUUGGGCGAUACAGGGAGGCAAGUGUAUCUCGUUGCCACAUCAAGUGUCUAACUCCUAAACGGUGUAUAAGUAGUGAGGUAAUAAACCUAAUGGGUGCAUACUGUUUUGCAAAAUCAACUGACUGCUGGUUUGUCCCUACGUAUUUUUCUGAACGUGCAAAGGAGGGGGCCUGUCAUCCGGUCCAGGAAGCCCACCUAUCAGCAACCAUUACCUUAUGCGGGCUACGCAAAUUUAAUGGCCGAAUUGAGGGAAGCGAAAGGAUAUUUAUACCGAUUAUGGACGACCUUUGUCAACACUGGUUUCUUGCCGUUGUAAGGUUUGUGGGUGACUGUGAGAUAUGGGACAGCAAACCUAUUCUGGCAUCGCAGCAGCGUCGCAAGGACUACGUUGAAUCCGCUGUCAAUCUCCUCCUGUCCGUUUUUGCCUCCGAACUUAAACAGUCCCCGUGGGUCUGUUCGGAAGCGGCUUCAUUCACCUAUUUCUACCCAGCCAUAUGCACAACUGAGGUUAACGACUAUGACUCUGGUGUAUGCGUCAUCAGGAAUAUGCAGUUCUACGGACAGCGUUGGUAUGAAGGGUACAAUUCUGGUGAUCAGAGAAUGAGGAUUGCCCUUGAAGUAGUCAACAGCCCCCUCAACGAAUGUCGCGAUGAUGUCUGGGAUUGUGUAUACCUUGAGAAGAAAAAUGCCAGCAAUUUGCAGGAGCGUUCAGGAUCUGAAACCCCUGAUCCUCUACUUGACCGGGCCGGUAUGAGGUUGAAGCCCCGUGUUCCUCGUAGAUGAAGUUAUCAGGUGUUGUGGUUGUAUGAAUAUCUGAAAUCGCCCAGAAAUUUGUGUUGCGGGAAUCCACUAUCAAAACAUCCCCGUAUGCUUCGUAGUCCAAUAGCGAAGUCUGAUCCCUCCAAAACAAACUGGACAGCCUCCCCUCAGCAUCUUUGGUGUACCUAGCGAAAAAUAACGGAUCCUCCUGCCCUUUUAACCGCAUCCAGUUCAAGGCAGCUUCAGCAUCACCAUGUUGUUUAUUAAUUUUUUUAUCCGCAUCCAACCUGUUAUACAAAUCUUUCAGCAAGAAACCCACAAACUCCGCCCCCCCUGA